UUCAAGGAUGGGGAUAUAACAUGCCUCAACCCCCCACCCUCCCAGAGACUAUUACAGAAAUACAGUUAAUGGACUUACCCAAUGAGCUUUGAGUAACUCUUUUUUUCAGCAAGUAUAAACUCCUGGAAAGUUAAUCUCUACACCCAACAUGGAGCUCGUACUCACAACUCUGAGAUCAACAGUCUCGUGCUCCGUGGACUGAACCAGCCAGGCCCUCCAUGAUGCUACCAUUUCUACAGCAACAUGUAUGAGAGUACUUGGACUAGAGAUCUUCCCAAUGGCCAUAAACAUAUUUGGGCUGUGCAGGAAUGUCACGGUCAUCCUGCACGGCUAUCCUUACCCACCAGCACUCGGGGCUAUUGCUGGCCUCUGGGCCAACUACUGCCUCUUCCUGAUACUCUUAUUGCCUUACCAGUGCCUGCUGUGCCUGGGCAUUGCCCCUACUCUGCGCAUAAACUACUUGUGGCACCGGAGCCAGACCAUCUGUGAGAGCUCCACACUCAACUGGCUGUACCCACCCAAUUUAUUCAGAGCCCUCAACUCUACCAACCUCCUAAGUGACUUCCUCCUGCUGCUCUGCACCUCCCAGCAGUGGCAGGUGUUCUCUUCCAAGCACAUCAAGGGGGCCGGCAUCAAUACCGACCAUCUGGAACCACAGGGAGAUCCCAACCCCAUUCCCAGCUUUACCUCUCGCAAGUCCUACCACAACAAGCCGAAGGUGGCCAUCUUCUGCUUCCUCUUCUGGUUGAUGUUAGUCAAGGCCCACAGCAGCAUCUUCAAGCUGGGUCAACUACUGGCCCGCUUCUACCCGCUGCUCUUCAGCACCAAGCUGCAGAAGACACGUGCCUGCCUCCUGCCAUGGGACUGCCUCAUCCUCUACAAGCUCGGGGUCAUCAUGUCCAAGAACAUGCUCUUAUUCUCCUCCUUGGUGUUUGUGGAGCAAACGCAGUGCAACUUCUGCUGGGCCAUCCAACUUUUACUGAGCCCCGUGUGCCCCGCCAAAGGUUACUGUGACCCCAGGGAGAUGCUGGGCAGGGACCAGGACUGCUUGCUGCAUGUGGAGGAGGCCAGGUCCCCUGGGAACUGUCGCCUCUGCUCCUUGUUCCUGCUGGGGCAGCCCCGCAUCUUCUCAGUCACUCCCUCCUACACAUGGAGGCGGCGCUCCGUGCCAACGGCCCUGCGGUCCUCCACGACUUUUGCCGUCUGCAAUGCUGCCAGCCUCAAAAGCAUCGAUGUCCACCACAAAGCAGAUAAGUCCCUGGCGCAGCUGCGCCGAGCAGAAGCACCGGCAGGAUGUGGCAGGCGGUGGCCCCUCCAGAAACCAGGAGCCAGGUCUAGGCAGUCCCUGCUGCGGUGACAGCGGCGGUGGCUGCGCCUGGAACACAUCCGCGCCAUCCACUCCGGCUGGGACCGCUACGUGGUCGAGUCCAGCUGUGAGGAGCAGAAGGAGGCCCGGCCAGAAGACCCCGCCGACCGCGGGCACAGAUGGCACAGCAGGGAUGGGCCACGGAAGGCUCAGCACGGCCACCGGACGAGGCGAGGGCCAAGCCCCGCGGGGCCCGCGCGGGGUGGGGGCCGGGCUGGCACCCUCGGGGGCCGCACGGUGCCAGCUCCACUCGCGGGAGCUCGUCCAGGGGCGGAGGGAAGCCCCGAGGCACGGCGGACCAGCCGAGGAGAGCGACCCCGGCCCAGCUGCCCGGCCCUGCCGAGCAUCGCGGCAGGUGAGCCGCCGCGCAACAACAACCAGCAACGCCCGCGGUCCCCUCGGCCCCCGCUGCAACUCCCUCAACGGCGACGCCGAGCCCCGGGCGUCCCGGUGCAGCUCCGGGAGCCUCCAGCCAACAUCGGCACCUGGUCGCCCACGGCUGGGGAGCCGCUAUGCCUCCGGGAGCUGCAGGAGGCCCGCGUUUCACCACGGGCGGAGCUGCAGCUGCAGGCCGCGAACCAGUGCGCAGGCACCUCCCAGGGCCCCGCCCCACCCUCGGGCCCCCGCCACGCGGUCGCUGUCCAAUGGCCCAGCAAGCUCCUCUGGAUGGAGGCCGUUGUCUUCGCGGCGUCACCCAGGACCUGUUACAGUUUGGCUUCUCCCCCUAAACCAGUCACACCGCGAUGCGUCUCUCCGGGAGCAAGCCCUACUUCCCUGCGUGCAUCCUGGGCCUGA